CAACCUCUAUAAGCUCUUUCGAACUAUUGGUUUUCCGCAUUGAGAACGCGCUGAAGAAAGGACGGCGGUACCUACUCGCUGAGACCGGACGUAGCGCCAUGGCUCGUGGUCAGCAGAAGAUUCAGUCCCAGCAGAAAAAUGCAAAGAGGCAGGCAGAGAAGAAAAAACAGCAAGGAAAUGACCAAAAGGCUGCUGCAAAAGCAGCACUAGUCUUCACGUGUCCUGUCUGCAGGACACAGAUGCCUGAUCCCAAGACAUUUAAGCAGCAUUUUGAGAGCAAACAUCCAAAGUCACCUAUGCCAGCGGAAUUGGUGGAUGUACAGGCUUAAAUGGAAGGAAAUGACAAACAGGCUUGAGGUAAUUUUAAAAAUGUUCCUUUGUACAGAUUCUGAAGACUGCAUUUGAACCAAACAUGAACAGAUUAUUAUGAUUCAAGUUCAGAUCUGAGAUGACCACUUGCAUCUGUCUUCUGACAAAUGGACGGGGUGCUUUAUUUUAUUUUAUUUUUUUCCCCUUGGGGUUGGGAGGGGGGGUGACAGAUUGUGGAUCUGUUUACUGAAGAUUUAGUUUUUAAAAAAAUGGAUAUUAAAUGGCAAAUGUAUAUGUAUUCAUGCUGCCAAAAUAACAAAUCUACUUUAGUAUUGCAUUAGCCACAGGUUUUCUUGGUGGUUGUGCAUCAAUUCUGUCGUCCUCGCCUUUUUUUUUUUUUUUUUUUGCUUACCCAACAAUAAGGACUAAAUGUUUUGAUAUUGAUCUUUCUAUCACUAGAAGUAAAAUGGAAAACGUAUUUUAAAGUCAUACAGAUGUUUUAGACUAUUUUCGUUAAACAAAUUAUUUUACAUUUUCAAGUAAAAUUUGAAGUCUUUACAAACAUUAGUUCAAAGUAAAAAAAAAUUAUAUAUAUAAAACCUUAAAAUACCUCAAUGUGAAGAGGAGAGGGGUCUAUCCUUGCCAGGAAAUGUGGUGUUCUGUAUCUUUGAUAUGAGUAUAUUAUGCAUCCAUCCAAUUCAGUGAAAUGUUGGAGUUAAGGGCUAAUGCUGAUGGUGACGGUUUGCCUUUUGAGCAAUUACUUUGUACUACUCAAAACAAUUCAAACUUCUCUUUCUAACUUUACUACUGGGACCCAGCCAUAGCAGACCCAUGCUGAGGAGGAGAAACCAAGGAAAAACAAAACAUUGCUUCAAAGUUGUAGAUGUACCAACACUUGUAGUGUAAAUUUCAAGACUGGCUAACGAAGGGUGUUGUUUUCUUUUU